UAAUUUAGGGGGCGGAUUUGGCAAUUUGAAAGUUCCUUUAUCAGGCCCAAUUCAGGCGACCAAAAUUCCCCCCAAUUUCCCUCUGCAUCAUCAUCUUCUUCUUCUUUCGGCUUUGUACUUCUCCAUUCUGAGUCAUGCUUCCCGGUGUUUCUAGCCAACACACCCGCACUUGUCACUCCCAAUCUCUCUCUCGUCUUCUCAAAAGAAACCACUCUCACUUCCGGUCAGGAGAUACCAAAACGAUGUCGUUGCGGUCGAAACUAUCAACCAAGCUCCUCAACAUAAGCAUAUCAUCGUUGUGCAAAGCGAAGCAAAUAUCCAAAGCCGAAUCCGUAAUAAACGACGGCAUAAGAAUCGGUGUGCUCCCUGACGCGGUCACAUACAACAUCCUAAUUGAUGCCUACUGUCGUUUCGCCUCAAUCGAUGUCGCGUACUCCGUCCUUGCGCGAAUGCGCGAAGCAGGGAUUGCCCCCGACGUCGUUUCGUACAAUUCGUUAAUCUCCGGCGCCGUCAGAAAGUUUAUGCUCUUCAAGUCCCUCGACCUGUUCGAGGAAAUGCUGGCGCGUGGCGUAACCCCCGACGCGUGGAGCCACAACAUCAAAAUGCACAGUCUGUUCAAGCUCGGAAAGCCCUACGAGGCCAAUCGCAUUUUCAAAGAAACCGUUCUCCGCGGCGAGGUUCACGCCACCACUUACAACGUCAUGAUCAACGGUCUCUGCAAGAACGGUUACGUCUCCCACGCAUUGAGCCUAUUCAGGAACUUACAGAGGCACGGUUUCGUCCCUCAGGUUUUGACGUACAACGCGCUUAUCAACGGACUCUGCAAGGCCAAGCGGUUGAAGGACGCGCAGAUGGUGCUCAAGGAGUUUGGGGAAUCCGGUUACGAACCGAACGCUAUUACCUACACCACCUUCAUGCAGUGCAGCUUCCGGUGCGGUUUUUUCGAGCAAGGGUUAGAGAUUUUGUCGGAAAUGAGAAAUUUAGGGUUCACGUUUGACGGAUUCGCAUACUGCACGGUGAUUGCGGCGAUGAUCAAGACUGGCCGGACGCGCGAGGCGGAGGAGAUAAUUGAUAUCAUGGUGAGUACCGGCAUCCGGCCAGAUCUCGUGUCAUAUAACACUUUGAUUAACCUUUAUUGCAGGCAGGGGAGGUUGGAGGAUGCAUUAAAGUUGUUGGAUGAGAUUGAGGAGGAGGGGUUGGAGUGUGAUCAGUACACGCAUACUAUUAUUGUUGAUGGAUUGUGUAAGGCUGGUAAGUUAGAUGGUGCUCGGAGGCACUUGAAUUAUAUGAGUACAUUAGGGUUUGGAUAUAAUUUGGUUGCGUUUAAUUGUAUGCUUGAUGGCUUGGGGAAGGCUGGGCAUAUUGAUGAUGCUGUGAAGUUGUUUGAGGGGAUGGAGGUGAAGGAUUCGUUUACUUAUACUAUAUUGGUGCACAAUCUUUGCAGGGCCAGGAGGUUCCUUUGGGCCUCGAAGGUGCUGAUUUCGUGUUUGAAAGGUGGAUACCAGGUGUUGAGGACCACUCAGCGGGCGGUUCUUGAUGGCCUCCACGAUAUUGGGUUUACCAAUGAAGCGAGGAAGCUUCGGUCGAGGAUCAGAUUGGCAAGGCUUAUGUCUUGAUUGUGUGUGGUGAUUAUUUUGGAGGGACCUAUGUUAGAGUGAAAUCAGGCAACAAAAGAACGGUACUCUGUCAUGUGGGUCGCACAUUUGAUGAUCAGCAUAACUGUUGUUCAAAAGGAGUCUGUUAACCUUGUACUGCAAGAAAUUUAGUAUGUUAUUGCUUAGAAUUUGGGUUAUUAGCCACACUUGAUCGGUGAUUCAGAUAACUAACGAUACAAAGGGGAAACCAUUGACUGGGCAACUGUGGAUCCAUCUCCCAAUUUGUUGGAGGGUCUAAAGCCUUUCAAAUCUGACAUGAUGUCACUGGCAAUUUAAACCACCGGUACUCAGCUUCACAAAUUCAAAGAAUUCGUUGCUGCAAGUACACGACAGAAGCUUAUAUAAUUGUCACUGCGAGCACCUUUCAACGCUAUGUAUGUAUGUAGGGCUGGGCUGGUGAGAACUGUAUCUUUAUAUUUCUAAGUUUCUUCCGUCCUUUUCCCGAGAUUUCUCAUUUCCAGUUUGUCCCAAAGGAUAGCUCCAAUGAAAACCCCACGCAGGCUCAACCCCCUUCUGCUUGCAAACUGACCAGUGGCCAGUUUUGAUUGGGAAGCGCCCUGCACGGUGUACCGCAUUGUGUUGAGUGUAACAACGGGGUUGCUUGGUGCUUGUAAUCCCAGGAUUGGGGCUAGGAUCAUUGCUUUGGUUGGUGGUCCCUGCACUGAAGGACCUGGUUCGGUUGGAGUUGAAAAAACUGGUGGCCUUGUUGUCCUGUCUGAAAUUUGAGGAUGGGGAGCAAUCUCUUGGUCUUUGUUUCAAUUGAUUAUGCAAUGAGUCAUUACCCGUGGGCAUGAUCGAAGAACAGUUUGAGUUUGGAGAGAUUUCUAAAAGAUUUGGAGUUUUGGACCAUAAAUCGGAUUGAAACCAUUACUAUCACGCCCUAAUUCUUCUAGUGGCUAGUAUAAUCUUUCAAAUCCAACACAGGAUAUUGCUGAGUUAAA